UGUCCAUCAGCUCCGACACAGGUCAAACAUAUUAAAAGCAUUUUGAUGUGUCAGUCAGGCUGUUUGUAGUGUGUGAUGUAUUGAUAGAUCUUAUGGGUGCUGUGCCGCCUCUGAGGAUUGUUUCAAAUAUCUUGUUUUCUAAAAAAUAUACUGAAUGAAAUGGUUACAUUCACGAUCCCCGGACUUUUGAUACUACUAACUACACUUCCCAUAAUCCCAUGCACACCAUACCGUCUGUGAUACCAGUAGCCUAUGAACCAGCACUCUAUUUAAGCUCAUGUUUGUUGUCAGGUCUACUCGUCUUGUGACGUUUAGUGUUGACCCAGCUGUUUAUCUGUGGAUUAAGUACCUUGAUCACUUGUGGAUUAUGUACUUGUUUACUUGUGGAUUACGUACCUGUUAACCUGAGGAUUACUUACUGUGUUUAUUACCUGUGGAUAUUCAGUAAACUGUUGAAGAAUGUACGUUUGUGGUGUGACUCGUUCUUUGUCCCUCCGCGAGUGUGAUGACGAGUUUAAGAAAUGUUAAACAACAGGUUUUGCAUAAAGGGCUCUUUAAAGACUGCCUAAAGUUGUAAAGGAGGUAAACAAUUGUUUAUUAAAGUUAAAUCACAUCACCCUUCUCAAUACCAAGUAAUAAACUCUAGUCUAGUCUAAAUAUAAAGAUAAAAAAAUUGCGCGCACGCAAACAAUACACCUGUUGAUCAGCUAGAAAAAUGUGAGGGUGUGACCUUCAUUUUGGUAAAAGUCAAAGUACAUCAGUUCUAAAAAACUGGUAAGUGCUGAGGAAACACAUUUGUUUUUACAUGUUUUCACAUGACACACGUCCUAACAGAGUUUUUAAUGUUCACAGACUCCAGACAGGACGUCUUUUUUCAUUGACACCUGAUGUGAUGCAUCUCACUUGUGUUUUGACGUGUCAUUCAGAGAUGAAGUUCAUUUGUGUGAUUUUACUGAUUAUUAUUGGAAUUACACAAUCAGAUGAGUACGAGGUGAUUGGACCUUCAGCUCCUGUGAUGACUGUAUCUGGUGAAGAUGUGAUUCUGCCGUGUUCUAUCAAACCCAACAUCACUGCUGUGAACAUGAGAGUCGAGUGGAUCAGACUUGAUCUGAAAGACUCAAUAGUUCAUCUGUAUAAAGAUCAUAAAGACAUAAACACAGAUCAGCUUCAGUCGUACAGAGGAAGAACUCAAGUGUUUAAAGAAGAACUAGAGAAAGGAAACACAUCACUCAAACUCUCAAGAGUCCAAAUCUCUGAUGAAGGACUUUACAAGUGUUUCAUUCAGUCUGAAUCCUGGAGUGAUGACAUCACUGUUGAGCUCAGAGUUGAAGCUGUAGGCAGUGUUCCAGUCAUCACUGUAGAUGGGUUUGAUGGUUCUGGUGGUCUUCAUCUACAGUGUGAAUCUAAAGGCUGGUAUCCUGAACCUGAUCUUGUGUGGCUGAACAGUGAAGGAGUCACUUUAACAUCUGAAUCUCCAGACACACACAGAGUUGACACAGAUUGUGUGAGUGUGAUGAUGGAGACUGAGAUCAUCACAUCCAGUAAAAUGUUUCACUCUUGGAGAUCUUCAGUGAUUCUGAUAUCAGUUGCUGUUGUUCUCUGUGUGAUCGCUGGAAUACUGAUCAGUGUGUUUGUCUGGAAACAGAGAGAACUACUGAGAGAGAAACAGAGAAUACAGAAUGAAGACCAGAGAAUACAGAAAGAGCAUGAGAAACUACAGAGGACCGUAGAAAGUGUGACUUCACUGUUAAGAAACUUUGCAGUGAAUGUGACUCUGGAUGCUGAUUCAGCUCAUCCUCGUCUCAUUGUAUCUCGUGAUGGGAAACAAGUGAGAUAUGAAGAAAAACAACAUGAAGGAGUGAAGAAUGAAGAUUCAGGACAAAAUAACAAGUUUGAUGAAUGUCUCUGUGUUGUUGGAAAUGAAGGAUUCUCUUCAGGGUGUUUUUAUUAUGAGGUGCAGGUGAAGGGGGCAGAUUGGUGGUGCGUGGGAGUGACCAGAGAAUCUGCUCAGAGGAAGGGCUGGAUCAGACUGUAUCCUCAGAAUGGAUUCUGGACUGUGUGCUUGUGUUUUAACAGUUAUUAUGCUCAUGACGAUCUUCGUCUUUCUCUGAGUGUGAAUCCUGAUAUGAUCGGGGUGUUUGUGGAUUAUGAGAAGGGUCGAGUCUCAUUUUAUGAUGUGAAGUCCAUGUGUCAUAUUCACUCUUUUACUGAUCAAUCUUUCACUGAGAAACUAUAUCCUGUUUUAUCUUUGGGUUCCUCUGGUCCACUCAUCAUCUGUAGUGAUCUCUCAUGAGGUCUGAUAAAUAUCUGAUCUGAAUAUUGAGGGAGGAAUAAAAGACAGAGAACAGAAUAAACACUUUCAUGAACAACAGGAUUUUGUGAUUAUAAAUUCAGUUUCAGGAUUAAAAAUGAGGAAAUAUAAACUCUUGACUUCAGUUUGUCUUUAAUGAUGUUAAAUGUGGUUAAUAGAUGAAUGUGUGUGUGAGACUCAACAUUAAAUCAGUAUAUGAACACAGUUAAGAACACACUGUGAUAAAUAUCUGUGUCAAUGUGAGACAUCUUUCAUCUAAUAACACUUCAGAAAUAAUCUCUCUCUUUAAUGUCUUUAUUCUUCAUGACUCUUCUGUCUCAUUCUUAAUUCUUCAUUAAAUCUUCAGCAUGUUUUCUUACAAACAUUCACUUCUGUUCAGAAGCCUAGAGUCACUCAUUCUUUACAUUUUACUUUCAAAACUAGAUUAACACAAAUAAAUACAAAACAUAAAUCAAACUGUCAUAUCUGAUAAUCUUUUUUCUUGUUUUGUGUUGUCAUUUUAUCACCCAGUUUCUUAAAGGGAUGGUUCACCCAAAAAUGUAAAUUCUGUAAUAAUUUACUCACCUUCGAGUUGUUCCAAAUCUGUGUAAAUGUCUUUGUUCUGAUGAACACAGAGAAGGGUAUUUGGAAGAAUACUUAUAACCGAACAGAUCUAGUCACCAUUGACUCCCAUAGUAGGAAAAAUUGCAAUAGUCAAAAUCCGCAGAACUGUUUACUGUCCUACAUUCUUCAAAUUAUCUUCUUUUGUGUUCAUCACAACAGAGACACUCUUAUACAGUUGAGUAAAUUAUGAACUAUCCCUUUAAGAAUUCACCCUGACAUGCUUUUUAAAAAUAUUUAAGCAAACUCCUCAGGAUUAAAAUACUUGGAUAGUUAUGGGAAUCAUUACAGUGUAGAGAUCCUACACUUUUAUCAGCAGUGUAUAUAUUGUCACUUUGUGAAGUCCUGUGAAGGCCUGAUGAAAACAGUAUUUUGUUGCACCGUUCUUUGCUUAAAAGUAUUAGUUGAGUUAGUUUGAUGAUU